AUGGCACCCAGCCCGAAUGGCAUGAUGUUGAAGCCCCACUUCCAUAAGGACUGGCAUGGCAUGGCCUCAUGGUUCAACCAGCCAGCGGGGAAGAUCUGCAGACUCAAGGUCGGGAAGCCAAAGCAAGGCCCAGAGCCUCCAUGUCCGGACCCAUCCAGCCCAUCCCAUGGUGCCCCCACAGUGAGGUAUCACACCAAAGUGCAAGUUGGCAGGGGCUUCAGCAUGGAAGGGCUAUGGGUGGCUGGCCUACACAAGAAGGUGGCAUGGACCAUUGGAAUCUCAGUGAGUCCAAGAAGGUGGAACAUGUCCACAGAGUCCCUGCAGGCCAAUGUGAAGUGGCUGAAGGAGUAUGGCUCCAAGCUCAUCCUCUUCCCCAAGAAGCCAUCAGCCCCUAAGGAGGGAGAUGGCUCUGCUGAAGAACUCAAAUUGGCUACCCAGUUGACAGGACCAGUCAUGCCCAUGUGGAAUGUCUGUAAGAAGGAGAAAGCCAGAGUCAUUAGAGAGGAGAACUUCAAGGCAUUCGCUGGUCUUCACGUGGUCCAUGCCCAUGCCUGGCUCUUUGGCAUCUGGGCAAAAAGAGCCAAGGAAGCUGCAGAACAGGAUGUUGAGAAGAAAAAAAUAAAGUAUCACUGGCAACUUCCACAGUCUCUGGGCCUCGGCAGCAGCACGGUCUCUCCAACAUUCCUGGUUGCGGCCGACACCCGGCCACUGCUCAGUGAGACCAUUUGCAGUGGGGUGGUGCAGGUCAAAGCCGCAGUCCCUCGGGAAACACGGCCACAUCUGAGAUAA